AUCCAUCCUUUCCGGUGGCAAAGGAAGAUUGACGGUAUAAAAGAUAUUGAUAAACCACGUUGAAUUUUUUGUGGAGGAAAUCGAUCUUUACCUGAAAUAUAACAACAAGAUCCUUGAAGAUGAUUAAGUGUAAACGUAUAAACAAAUCUUAAUCAUGAUCAGCUUAUGGAGGCUGUAGUAAGGACAGUGGUAAGGCAAUUACUCUACAGAGUAACCUAAGGACACAUACAAGAAAGAUGUCAUACAAGUGUGAUGUCUGUGGUAAGGGGUUUAAUCAUGCAUCUCGCAGAAAAACACACAUGAGCAUACAUACAGGAGAGAAACCAUACAAGUGUGAUGUCUGUGGUAAGGGGUUUAAUCAUGCACCUCACAGAAAGACACACAUGAGGAUACAUACAGGAGAGAUGCCACACAAGUGUGAUGUCUGUGGGAAGGAGUUUAAUGAUGCAUCUAACAGAAAGACACACAUGAGGACUCACACAGGAGAGAAGCCAUUCAAGUGUGAUGUCUGUGGUAAGGGUUUUAAUCAUGCACCUCACAGAAAGACACACAUGAGGAUACAUACAGGGGAGAUGCCAUACAAGUGUGAUGUCUGUGGUAAGGGGUUUAAUCAUGCACCUCACAGAAAGACACACAUGAGGAUACAUACAGGAGAGAAACCAUACAAGUGUGAUGUCUGUGAUAUGGAGUUUAAUCAGGCAUUUCACAGAGUGACACACAUGAGGAUACAUACAGGAGAGAUGCCAUAUGAGUGUGAUGUCUGUGGUAUGGAGUUUAAUCAUGCAUCUAACAGAAUGACACACAUGAGGAUACAUACAAGAGAGAAGCCAUACAAGUGUGAUGUCUGUGGUAUGGAGUUUAAUCAGGCAUUUCACAGAGUGACACACAUGAGGAUACAUACAGGAGAGAAGCCAUACAGGUGUGAUGUCUGUGGUAAGGAGUUUAAUGAUGCAUCUAGCAGAAAGACACACAUGAAGAUACAUACAGGAGAGAUGCCUCACAAGUGUGAUGUCUGUGGUAAGGAGUUUAAUCAGGCAUCUAACAGAAUGACACACAUGAGGAUACAUACAGGAGAGAUGCCACACAAGUGUGAUGUCUGUGGGAAGGAGUUUAAUGAUGCAUCUAGCAGAAAGACACACAUGAAGAUACAUACAGGAGAGAUGCCUCACAAGUGUGAUGUCUGUGGUAAGGAGUUUAAUGAUGCAUCUAAUAGAAAGACACACAUGAGGAUACAUACAGGUUAGAAACCAUACAAGUGUGAUUUCUGUGAUAAGGAGUUUAAUCAUGCAUCUCACAGAAAGACACACAUGAGGAUACAUACAGGAGAGAUGCCAUAUGAGUGUGAUAUCUGUGGGAAGUGGUUUAAUGAUGCAUCUCACAGAAAGACACACAUGAGGAUACAUACAGGAGAGAUGCCACACAAGUGUGAUGUCUGUGGUAAGGAGGUUAAUGAUGUAUCUAACAGAAAGACUCACAUGAGGCAACAUACAGGAGAGAAACCAUACAAGUGGGAUUUCUGUGAUAAGGAGUUGAAUCAUGCAUCUCACAGAAUGACAAACAUGAGGAUACAUACAGGAGGGAAACCAUACAAGUGUGAUUUCUGUGAUAAGGACUUUAAUCAUGCAUCUCAGAGAAAGACACACAUGAGUAUACAUACAGGAGAGAUGCCCCACAUAUGUGAUAAAGACACACAUGAGGAUACAUACUGUAGGAGAGAUGCCAUAAAGAUUGUGAUGUCUGGUGAAUAUAAUAAGGGGUUUAAUCAAACUGGUGAUCGUCAGAGACAUCUGGGGACUCAUACAGGAGAGAAGCCAUUCAAGUGUGAUGUCUCUGGUAAGGAGUUUAAACAAGCAAAUGACCUUAGGAGACACCUCAGGGUACAUACAAGAGAAAAGCCAUACAAAUGUGAUGUCUGUGGUAAAGAGUUUAAACAUCAAUCUAGUCUAAAGAUGCACUUCAUGACACAUACAGGAGGUAAACCAUGCAUUGAUGUUCAAUGUUUGUAGUUAGGGGUUAUUUAAAUUAACAGCUCUACAGACACACCUAGAUCCAGAUGCCACAGGACAGAAACUGUUUAUGUGUGAUCAUCAGAUGACUGUGGUAGGGUUUAGUCAUGUAGAUAGUCUAAAGAUGCACCUCUAGACAUCAUCCUUGAUAGAGGGAUUACGUUCUGUCAGAGAGCGUAAGUGAGAGGGAUUAGGCUCUGUCAGAUAGCAUCAGUGAGAGGGAUUACGUUCUGUCAGAGAGCGUCAGUGAGAGGGAUUACGUUCUGUCAGAUAGCGUCAGUGAGAGGGAUUACGUUCUGUCAGAGAGCGUCAAUGUGAGGGAUUACGUUCUGUCAGAGAGCGUCAAUGAGAGGGAUUACGUUCUGUCAGAGAGCGUAAGUGAGAGGGAUUAGGCUCUGUCAGAGAGUGUCGGUGAGAGGGAUUACGUUCUGUCAGAGAGCGUCAGUGAGAGGGAUUAGGCUCUGUCAGAGAGGAUCAGUGAGAGGGAUUACACUGAUUACACUCUUAUCAGAGUGUGUAAGUGAGAGGGAUUACGCUAUGUCAGAGAGCGUAAGUGAGAAGGAUUAUAGACUCUGUCAGAGAGCGUCAGUGAGAGGGAUUACACUCCUAUCAGAGUGUGUAAGUGAGAGGGAUAACGCUAUGUCAGAGAGCGUAAGUGAGAGGGAUUAUGCUCUUGUCAGAGAGCGUAAGUGAGAGGGAUUACGCUCUGUCAGAGAGCGUAAGUGAGAGCGUUAUCCCAGCAGUAUCAAGGAUGCUUUUGACACAUACAAGCGAUAUACCAUUCAAGGAUGAUAUCUGUAGUCAGGAAUUUAAUCAGGCAAGUGAUCUAAAAACCUCAGGAAACAUACAGGAGGGAAAUAAUUCAUGUUUACUAUCUGUGGUAAUUAUAUAAGGGGUUUUAUAAAUCCACAGCUGUACAGACACUUAUUUGCUAAUUAUGAUAACAUAUGUACAUCAAACGAAGCACAUAGUAUCUGAUGCGAAAGACACCAUAGAGAGUCAUCUGUAUUAAAUCUCUAAAAAAGAUAAAAGUUUUGGUGCUUUGAUUAUAUAGAUAUGUUUGGUAUACAAAAAAUAAACAAUUGUUGUCUUCAA